AUGGAUACUUCAAUGAAAGUACGGGAAAACCUAGACUCCAUCAUGAGCUACUUAACACCACUGCUUCCACUUGCAAAUUGCCAUAUGGUAGAAUUUUUUACAGACAAACAUUGGGAACAUUUGUUGCCACAUAAGCUACGAAAACAGUUAGAAAAUAUGGAGCUAAACAAAGCUGUGAAUAGAUUUUGGGACAUAUCUUGUCAUAAUGAUAGCUGUGAAAUAACGAAAUGGGUGAAACAAUCACAGUGUCACCAUGUCAGUGUCAACGAAGAAUACUGUAUAUCUCCACAGAAACUGACAGAUAUUAUACACAAGAGAGGUGGUAAUUUUGAAGCGGGUUUUAAAGUUACAGAAUUUAUGUCCCAUAAGAAGAGUUAUGAAGUUGAGACAAUGUCCCCAUAUAUCGCGUCGCUCCACAGAGCUUGCAACACCAGCCACUGCGUGGAAGCUGGUGGUGGACGUGGCCAUCUACUUGUCACCAUGUCUUUGGGACAUCACAUUCCGAGCCUUACCAUAGACUGUGAUGAAACAACGUUGAAUAAUGCUAAGAAAAGAGUUAAGCUUAUCCAGAAACAGUGGCACGCCAUUGCAAAACGUGCCAACGGUGGUGCCAAUGUGUGGACGGGUGGUGGUGUGGACACAAACCUACAUCGAUUCGCCUGCUCGUACAUAACCAGAGAUACGGAUUUAAGCAGCGUUGUCAGAGAACAAUUCGAUUGUGAAGAAGUGAAUUUGCUGCUAACCGGUCUUCAUACCUGUGGCGACCUGGGUCCCUCCUGCCUGCGUCUGUUCACGGUCUCGCCAGCAGUGCGAGUGCUGUUCAACGUGCCAUGUUGCUAUCAUCUGCUGAGUGAGGCGGUGGAUGUGGCCAUGUUUGAUGAUGAUCAAACAGCAACCGAUGAUAAAGGAUUCCCCAUGUCACAGUAUUUGAGAGGUUUGAACCUAGGUCGGAACGCUCGCAUGCUGGGCGCUCAGAGUAUAGACAGGGUGAGGCACUACAGACAAAUGCCCGACAGGAGUUUGUUGUAUAGAGCGCUGCUGCAGGUAACCAUGAAAAAGUUUUUACCACACACACCGAUAAAGGAAGGCAAGUUAAAGGGAUUCGCAUCAAAAUGUCAAAGCUUCCAGCAGUAUUUCAAAAUGGCGGACGAGAAACUUGGUCUUAACAUAUUUAACAGCUUGCCCGAAUGUUACCUGAUUGAGUUGGAACGGACAAUGGAUUGCCAGUGGAAAAAAAUUGUUUUAUUCUAUUUAAUGAGGUUAUGUUUGGCGCAAGUUAUAGAGGGUGUUAUACUGUUGGAUAGGUUGCUUUAUUUAUAUGAGUGUGGUUGUAAGAAUGCGUAUUUGGUGAAAUUGUUCGAUCCAGUUCUAUCACCGAGAUGUCAUAGUAUAGUUGCUAUUAGAAAUUGAGUUAUUUGUUAUUUUUCUAUGUUACUCGAAGACUUAACAUUAAAUGUUAUA